AUGUGUGAAAUAAAGAUUCCCCGACUUGCCUACUUCAGAUUCCCCCACUUGCCUCCUUCAGAUUCCCCGACUUGCCUGCUUCAGAUUCCCCGAUUUGCCUACUACAGAUACCAUGACUUGCCUACUACAGAUUCCCUCACUUGCCUACUUCAGAUUCCCUCACUUGCCUCCUUCAGAUGCCCUCACUUGCCUCCUUCAGAUUCCCCGACUUGCCUGCUUCAGAUUCCCCGACUUGCCUGCUUCAGAUUCCCCGAUUUGCCUACUACAGAUACCAUGACUUGCCUACAUCAUAUUCCUUCACUUGCCUACUUCAGAUUCCCUCACUUUCCUACUUCAGAUUCCCUCACUUGCCUCCUUCAGAUUCCCCGACUUGCCUGCUUCAGAUUCCCCGACUUGCCUGUUUCAGAUUCCCCGACUUGCCUGCUACAGAUUCCCCGACUUGCCUGCUUCAGAUUCCAUGACUUGCCUACUUCAGAUUCCCUUACUUGCCUACUUCAGAUUCCCCGACUUGCCUGCUUCAGAUUCCAUGACUUGCCUACUACAUAUUCCAUGACUUGCCUACUUCAGAUUCCUUCACUUGCCUACUUCAGAUUCCCUCACUUUCCUACUUCAGAUUCCCUCACUUGCCUCCUUCAGAUUCCCCGACUUGCCUGCUUCAGAUUCCCCGACUUGCCUGCUUCAGAUUCCCCGAUUUGCCUACUACAGAUACCAUGA